ACCAUGAAAUCUCUGUGGAUUUUCACCGCUGUGUUCCUGGAGUACCUCGUGGCUACUGGUUCACACGCAUCUCCGGACUUCUGGGUUCACGCACAGUGGACCGAGUUCAAGGCCUUAUAUCGCAAGAACUACAGCAGUGUGGAGGAGGAACUGUUCCGCAAGAAGAUUUUCCUCGACAACCGCUACAUGAUCGCCAAGCACAACGAGCGAUACGGCCGGCGUCUUGUUUCCUACAAGCUCAAGAUGAACCAGUACGGAGACCUGCUGCAGCAGGAGUUCGAAGAGAUGAUGGGCUCAGGCGUACGAGUCAGCGGCGACCCACUGGGUCGCAUGAACGAGUCGACGUUCCUGCCCCCGCAGAACAUGGACACCUCGCUGCCCAAGUCGGUCGACUGGCGAAGCACCCUCGUCUCAUCCGUAAAGGACCAGGGAUUGUGCGGCGCCUGCUGGGCCUUCAGUGCGGCGGCCGCCAUCGAGGGCCAGCACGCACGCAAGACCGGCCGCCUGGUGGAGCUGAGUGUCCAGGACCUGCUGGACUGCUGCGGCGAGGCCUACGAGAACAGCGGCUGUGCCGGGGGACUCAUGGACAACGCCUUCCGCUGCACCCGAGACCGCGGCAGCAUCGACACUGCGGACAGCUACCCUUACGUGGCAAAGGUGGGCCCGUGCCGCUUCAACAACAGCACAGCAGGUGCCUCGGUGUCCGGCCACAUGGUGGUUCUGCCGCGUGAUGACGAAAAGAUGCUCCAGGUAGCCGUGGCCACCGUGGGACCCAUCUCGGCUGCCGUCUACUCCAAGCUGCCCAACUUCCGGUUUUACUCGGAAGGCGUUUACAAGGAUAACUUCUGUGGCAUGUUUGAAGUGGACCACGCCGUGGUAGUCGUCGGUUACGGAGUCGCCGAUGAUGGGACAUCGUACUGGAUCCUUAAAAACAGCUGGGGCAAGAACUGGGGCCAGGGAGGCUACAUGCGGCUAGCCAAGGAUGCCAACAACCAGUGCGGAAUCGCCACCCUGGCCAGCUUUCCGCUCGUCUAAUCCAGAACCUCAUCCAGAACAGGAAACAACGGCCCACUUAAUUCACGACCUUGUUGGAAAUGAACGAAAUAGAGACCAAGGAUGCCGCGGUUUCUUGGUCACCUUCAGUAGAGUGCGCGUAAAACAGUUCAAUGGAACAGCGAGAGAGAGAGAGUGAGAGAGAGUGAAGGAGAUAGAUGCCCACCGCACUGGCGUCAAUGCGAUUAAGAAGGACCAUUUCAUCUGUUAUGAGCGCUGCUAUUGAUUUGCGUUGUAACGUGCUGUAAAUAUGCACUCUGGGUCUCUUCCACAGUCGUAGCCCCUUGACAUUGCUUAGACAUGUGUCACGCUUAGAUAUGUGUGACGCCGAGAUAUGCACUUACUCAUUUUCGCACGACUGUGUAUACGGGACGACCUUUCUUAGCCACAUUGCAAGGUGAUGAGAUGACUUUGAGUGCCCAAGUGGGGGGUUUAAGAAAAAUAAUACAAAUAAGUGGUACAUUCGAUGCGGAGAACCUCUUCAAACAUCCUACUGCUCUCAAUUAAAGUUGCACUUCUGAACAUUUUAUUUCAUCCACUGUUCGGGAAAGGCAGCUCACUUUUGAA